ACUGAGACAAUAUCUCGAAAAUUUAAGAAACCAGACAAUCUUCCUAGUCCUAGAAAUUCAACAAAAUAAAAAGAAAAUGCAAGAACAGGGGAGACCAGUGGGUAGUUCCGAUUUCACAAUUCUGUCUGGUAAUGAUGGUUUCUCCAACAGAUGUAAGGAUGUGUUUAGCUGUCUACAAACCUUGGAGGACAAACAUGUCGCUCACGACAAAUCUAUCAGCGAGGAAGGAAGUCAACACCUUUUAAAAGCUGACCCAACUGUUGAAGAUACUGAGACAAUAUCUCGAAAAUUUAAGAAACCAGACAAUCUUCCUAGUCCUAGAAAUUCAACAAGUAGGCUUCAAAAGUCACAUGAGGAUGAAAGAAAAGGGCUCAAGAGGCCAUCUUCUGAACUGUAUGUUCCUCCAUAUAAAAAGAGGGGAGACAACCCUGAGUCAGAUAAUAAGUCAAGUAAGACAGAUUCAGACUUUAAACUUCCUCCACAAAGAUUCCCGAACCAAAGAAAAAACAAAGUUCCUGAUUUUAAACUAAACCCCAACAAGUGGAAGAAGUACACCUUAGAGGAUGUUUCGAAUGAGGAUAUGAGUCAAGCUGCGAACACACAGGCAGCCUUCGCCUUCCUCGAGGAGAGGAGGAAGCUGAGGGAGGCUGCUGAUGGGAAAGAGGAGGAGGUGAAGGCUGAUGUUGAAGGCGGAGCAUGUUCACAGGGCGCUAUUGUUUUUAAAAGACCUACCAAAAAGGGAGGUAAUAAACAGGACUCUGUUUCAACAAAAAUUAAAUCGGAUAAGAACUGUGAUAAUUUUGAUGGUGACGAUGACUUAGAGGAUGAAUCAUUAAUUAUCAAACCAAGUGUGACUUUUAAAUCAAAGAAAAACAAAAGUCAGAGAAAUUUAAGAAAGAAAGAAACAGAAGAUGAUGAUUGAGAAUAUAACUCUUUGUACAUUACCUAUCCCAGGGUAAUAAUCAUUCAAAAGUAAUACAGUUUUUAUCUAAAAGUGAAUUUUACUGAGGGGAAUAAAGAUGCCUUUGUUUAACUUCUUUGGCUCACUUUCCAUACAAGUUUUAAUUAUCUUUAAUGCAUUAAAAGAUUGUUUAGGAAA